AUGCACAGCGUGUUCCUCUACCACGCAGUGCCCAAGGGUCUGAACAUGUCCAUCGUGAACCCAGGAGGCCUUCCCCGCUACACGGACAUCGACGAGAACACACGCAAGCUGGCGGAAGAGGUGAUCCUGAACCAGUCUGCAGAUGGCAAGCAUGUCGAGCGCUUCCUGGAGUACGCCGAGGCAGUCCGCAAGCCUGCCCCGGCUGCGGGUGGUGCUGCGGGUGGCGCUCCCGCCAAGGAUGCCUGGCGAAGCGGCACAUUCACAGAGCGUCUGCACUACGGGCUGAUCAACGGUAUCGACAAGUUCAUUGAGGGGGAUACCGAGGAGGCCCGGGCAGAAUUGCAAAUCCCGCUGCGUGUCAUCGAGGGGCCGUUGAUGGAAG